ACACAAAUAAAAAUAUUCAUGUUUCAUUUUUUUUAAUUUAUUUUUUUUUAUAAAUUUCAUUUAUCUAUGAUAAUCAAUGACAAACCCCAAACACUUUAAAUUGUAUUAAAAAAAUUUUAUUUUACAAAGUUUGUUGAAUUUGUUAGGUUAGAAUAUAAAUUAAAUUUAAAUCAAAUAAAAAGUAAAAAUGACAAAUUCUUCUUGGGACCUGUUGUACACUGUGAUUAGCUUUUUCUUGUUUUUCUACAUCAUGAGCAAGUUGUACCAGUUUUUCAGAAGCAGGCGAUAUCAACUGCCUGCGGAAGACCUUAAAAAGGGCCACUGGUGGACAAUGGUUGAAGUCUUCACUGAGCCGACAUUUUGUAAUUAUUCUGGAAAUCAAAUAAAUGAUGGGGCUUGUUGUGAUUGUUGUGGGAUAAUAGUUGCAGAUAAUUUCAUCUGCAAUGCGGAUGCUGCUAUUCCUUGCAAGCAACUUUCAAGAUCGUAUCCUUCAUGCCACACUACACUUCCCGUGGCUUCCCAUCCAUCCACUGCAUCCACCACAGAUACAAACAUUACUCCACCCACUACUGAACACCACUGGAUAAUUGGAAAUGUUCCAGCUGACUUGAAAUGUACUGUUUGCAAUGUUCUCAUUGGAAGCUCUGAUAAACUCUGUCACUUUAAAUGUUGCUGGUGCAAGAGGGCUGUUCACAUGUUGUGCAAAAAGCUGUCUUCAAAUACUUGUGAUAUGGGCCACAUGAAAGAUUGGGUUGUUCCACCUCAUUGCAUAGAAUUGAAAAUAAAUAGAGUUAAAGGUCGGAGGAGGUUGAUAGUUCAAUCGGUUGAAAAGCCAUCAAAUGUUACUUUGGAUAGGUGGAAACCACUGCUUGUGUUGGCAAACAGGAAGAGUGGCAAUGGAGAUGCAAGCCUGUUGUUGUCCAAGUUCAGAGGCUUCCUCAACUUGAUCCAGGUGGUCGACCUCCACGAUUCCUCUCCAACCUCAGCACUUGAAUGGUGUCGACUGCUACCGAAUGUCACAUGGAGAGUGUUGGUUGCAGGAGGGGACGGUACAGUGGCCUGGGUGCUUUCUGCUUUCGAUGAACUCGCUCAUCAGAGAAUUCCCCAACUGUGUGUGGUGCCUCUGGGAACUGGCAACGACCUUUCAAGGGUGCUUGGAUGGGGAACAGGGCAUUCUGGAGACUUUGAUGUAGAAUGCAUGCUGCAGAAGAUCAGCACUGCAAAUGUUAUCAGAUUGGAUAGGUGGAGGCUGGAUAUUGUGCCAAAGAUGAGUUUCAAUUUGGGAUUUACGAAUAAGCGCCUCAUCAUAAACAACUACAUGUCGAUUGGAGUGGAUGCCCAGGUGGCCCUCAACUUCCACCACCAUCGCGAGAUGAGGCCGAUCUUCUUCAGGAACAGGUUCAUCAAUAAGCUAUGGUAUUUCACAUAUGGCACCAAAGACGUCCUGGACAGAGAAUGCAAGGAUUUGGACAAAAAAUUAAAAUUAAUAAUAGAGGACAAAAUAGUUGAUCUACCUUCUAUAGAGGGGAUUGUUGUAUUGAACAUUUCUUCGUGGGGUGGUGGGUGCAGGCCGUGGGGGGAGGCAGGUGCAAACAUUCCGGAGAGCAAGCACGAUGAUAAAUUGUUUGAAGUAUUUGCCCUUUACUCAUCUUUCCACAUUGCCCAACUGCGAGUGGGGCUUGCCGAACCUCUGAGACUCGGUCAGGUGUCAUCUCUUAAGAUAAUGUUGUUUGAAUCUGCCCCAAUGCAAGCCGAUGGAGAGCCUUGGGUGCAGGGACCCAGCAACAUACAAGUAUCUUUCUAUAACCAGGCACAUGUUUUGGCGAAUUCUUUAGAUGCCAGCCAGUGUGUCAGCCAGUAACCUUAAAUUCUGAUCUCGUGUUGCCCGUGUCCCGUUAACGUAUUAAAUUCUUCAGCAUUCUAGUCAAAAAUUGUUGUACUGUAUCAUAGGAUAAAUUAAUCUAACGAAUUAGGCUAGAUUCGUAUAAAUUAUGUGUCUGUACACAAGUAAAUAAUAUAUGCGAGUGACCAGCACUAGUUGAUUUCGUGAAAAAUAUGUCACAGCCCAGGUGACUGUAUGAAUCAGACUUUUAUUUGUGCUUUCUCGAAAGAGACUCAAGCGCCAAACAUUCAAGACUAAAAAUACAAAAAGUAAUUGGGGUGGUUAGGGAAAUCUUAUAUUCAAUUUGAAUCUUCAUUCACAACGUAUGAAUCUCACGAAAUUGAGUUUGUUCUGGUCAUCACAUAUUUGUGAAUUAUUUAUUAAUAAAAUAUUCUAUAUAUAUAUCUAUAUAUGUAUACAUAUAUGUAUGUAUAUAUAUAUGUGUGCGUGAUAAAAUAUUACUCCAACUAGAAUUAAUAUUUGAUUCUGUAGCUUUUUUGUAAUGGACAUUUCCAUUUUUUAAUUCUUUAUUGAUAUGAAAAUAUACUUCUACAACCGUUUUAUAACUAUUCUAAUUAUUUAUUACAUAUAUAUUCAUUUAAUUGUUCUUGAUUUCAUUUACAUUUCUUUUUACAUUGUUCCGUAAAUUUAUAUAUAUAUAUAUAUAUAUAUAUAUAUAUAUAUAUAUAUAUAUACAAUAUACAUAUAAAAGUGUACCAUUUUUUGUUACUCUUAUGACAGUGACAAAUGUAAUGGUAUCAAAUGACAGCUUAUUUUGUUGUUAAAUAAAAUUUUCUGUUAUGAAAUAAUAGUUUGAAAUGUU